CAUCACUAUUACGUCGUAGAGAAAGGAAAAGACAACAAACAGAUUUAAUAUUAUCUUAUCUAUUUCGGAUACCGUUAUGGAGAACCUGUGUCGAAUUUGCGGUGGCCGCUACAAGUCCUUGGUGGGCAUUUUCGACAAGCAGGAGCCGCAGCAUUCUGUAGUAGGAGAUGAACCAAAUAUUGCCGAAAUGAUCCAGACAUGUGCCAACGUUGAGUUGGAUCGUGAAGAUUGCCUGCCCCAAAAAAUCUGCAUUGCAUGUGUCCACGAUGCACGAACUGCAUACGGGUUCAAGCGAAGAUGUGAAGAGAGCCAUAGGAAGUUUUACAUGGUGAUCAGUGGUCAGCAGUUCAUCAAAGAAGAACCCAACGAUAACUAUAUGAUUCUUGAGGAAUUCUUAGAUGAGGAAAUCAAUGCGAAGCUUGAGUUCAUAGAGGAAACUUCCCCACAGCCACCUGCAAAAGAAGAAUCGUCUAAUACAGCCAACAAAAAGAACAACACAAAAUUAAAGGUCACUAAAGAACCUAGAAAACAGCGAAAAGUGGAGAAGUUCAAGUGCGAACUCUGUACCAAGGAGUUCAAGCACCAACAAAACCUACUGGAGCACAUGAAAAUUCAUAACAAUUCCCACGUAUGUCAAAACUGCGGAGAGCGAUUUCUUUUCAAAACCGAUCUGGAUAAGCACCAGUGUUAUCAAACCAGCGAUUCCACUGUUGAGUGCCCCAUUUGCUUGAUGGUGUUUUCGAAUACCCAGAGCCUUGACAAACACAAGUGUCAGGAGAUGAAGAGUCAGCCCUUCCAAUGCCCCCACUGCCCACAGACCUUUAGCAAAGACCGAUACCUUAAGGCCCACCUGUUGAUCCACCAAGAGUCGAUUAAAGGCACCGGCCCACACAAGUGCUCGUACUGCAGCUCAACGUUCUUUAAUAAGUCGGCUCUCAAGGUGCAUAUUCUCGCGCACAAGGGUGAGCGGCCACACUCCUGCCCGCUCUGCGAUUCCAACUUCCGUUCACAGUACGCUCUUAAUUCGCACAUCCGCACUCACACGGGCGAGAAGCCUUAUACAUGUCCACUUUGCCCCAAGAAAUUUACGGACAACAAUAACCUGGCCAAGCAUCGCAGACGCCACACGGACGAACGCCCCUACAAAUGUUCCAUCUGCCACCUGGCGUUCCGUGAGAAGCACCAUUUGAAGAGACACUUUCUAGGCAAGCAUAGGGAUGGCGACCAAAAAAUACCUUAAAAAAUAUGUUAUAAUCAUCAAUUUGAUCUAAAACAUAAAUUAGGUUGAGCCUUAACUUCUCAUUAAAGUCUAGAUUACAUUUGUAGUAACUUCA